AUGUGUUGGUGUGAUUCACUGAAAGUAUUCGCAGUUUUUGGCGAGACGAAAUCGACGCAAAUUGUCUCACAAUCAAUGUGUCGUCAGCAUGUCGUCGCAUUAUUUUCAGUGCAUCCGAUCGCUUACAAGGGCUGCUUCUUUCUUGAUAAAAAGUUAUAUGGUGAUGCAAACGAGUUAGGAAUAUUCAGUGAAAUUUUAGUGGUGUUCAGCAUGCGUCCACGGCAAAUAGUUGGUUAUAACAUCAAGGAUUUUCCUCUGCAGUGCAAAGUUCAGUUUUUGGAAAACAAUGGUGAACCACGUGAAGUGCUUGUAUCAGACAGUUCAAUUAACAAUCAUGAACUAACUCCUCAGAAAUAUUUCUCUAUCGAUGGUUGCUGGAAUUCAAUCGAAGCAACUAUGACCGACACAAUAUACCUUCUACGUUCUGCGAAGAAACAAGAUGCUGUUGUGAUCGGUGACUGGGCCAUUCGUCAAAUCCACAUUCCUUUUGAAUUGAAGAAAUCAACAAACUUAUCGAUACAAACAAUGGAUGAACACGUAUUCUUACACAGUGAUGGCUCAGGACGAAUACUUGUUGUUGAGGGUCCUUUCUUGGCUUGUUACUAUUUAUUGAGGACAGCCAAAGAUCAGCUAACUUAUAAGCAACAAUGGCGAACAAGGUUAUGGGUUGAUGCGGAUUUUUUCAAUCAAUUUUCGCAGGAGACAGAACUGAGAUCAAGAUCCGGCCGUCGCAUCACACUGACACCACCAGAAUUUUCUAAGGAUGAUCGUUUGACAUUGGUAGAAAUGCAUUUUGAUGUUGAUAAUCGAAUGAUCUACGCUGUGUGCACAUGUGAUAUGAAUUCACCAGUGUUCGAUGAUGCGAAUUGUCAAUCCACUGAAAUGAGUCGACGAAAUCGUUCAGAAGAUCGGGGUGCAUUAGUGUAUAUAUUGGACGAUUGCGAUGGUGAGAUUAUCAACGUAAUAAUGCAACGAUCGGACGUUUUCGAGGUGAUGUUCAUGAAAUUCACAACAUCGGGAAUAACUGCAGCGAUUGGAACUAAAGGUAGAGGGGGUGCAUUCGUAGAAGUUCAACAGUUGAGUGAAAUGGGAGUGAGGAACUGGCGAGACAAUAAGAGAACUAAGCGAAAGAUUCAUGUGAAAUAA